GAAGGGCCAUCUAUCUGCCGGCGUUAAUCAAACGACCACAUCAACCUGAUCGCACAAUUAUUGUCGAACGCCACUCAUUUUAUUUUACCGAGACAUCCAAGCCUCUUACGUACCUGACCUGACAUCCGUCAAUCGUGCACCAUCCGCCGUUUACAGACUCAGAUCUACCAACGACGGACCGCACAUGCAUCAUUACACGCAAUCCUUAUUUGACUGAAAUACUUUUACGGUUGACCGAGCAGACGGCCAUUCCCUUAAUCUACACGUGGGGAAGGGUGGACUCGUUAGUUGACCACCAGCAAGUGCCGGCUUAAGUACCUCGCAACACCAUUCACUUAUUACAGGAGACAUAACACAUCAUGCUGUCUUCUCCGAAAUCCAUCCCAGCGCUCACGCUGUUGGCUUCGGCCCUCGUUGGCUCCGCCGUCGCCCAAUUAUCGACCAAAUGCAAUCCCAUGGAGAAAGAGUGCCCCCCCGACCCUGCUCUAGGAACUUCCCAUACCUUCUACUUCAACAGCACCCCUCCCGAGGAUACCUUCACUUCCGAAGCUAUCGAGAUCACAUACGACGAGACAGAGGGUGCAGCCUUCACUAUCGCUAAGCAAGGUCAAUCAACCACCCUCGCCUCCAACUUUUAUUUCUUCUUUGGCCGGACCGAGGUUUUGAUGAAGGCUGCUCGUGGACAGGGCAUCAUCAGCUCGAUUGUGUGGGGUUCCGAUACGCUUGACGAGGUCGAUUGGGAAUUCAAGGGCGGGAACGAGACCUGGGCAUUCAGCAACUACUUUGGCAAGGGCAACACCAACGUUACAGGCACUGGAGGUGACCAUAAAGUGGAGGGUAGCAUAUACGACCUGCACAAUUACACCACAGUGUGGACCCAGGAUAAGCUCGAAUGGCACUUAGACGGCGCUCUUAUCCGCACCCAGCUGGCCAAAGAUGCAAACAAUACGCACAACUUCCCCCAAACUCCCAUGACGCUUCGUCUCGGCAGUUGGGUCGGUGGUGAUCCUAAGACACAGCAGCCCGGAACCAUUGAAUGGGCUGGCGGUGAAACUGAUUUCUCCCAGGGUCCUUUCACCAUGUACGUGAAGAGCGCACGUGUUGAGGAUUUCUCAUCAGGCAAGGAAUACACAUUCACCGACAAAUCAGGGUCAUGGCAAAGCAUCAAGAUCACAGAGGGCAAUUCCACUGCUGCCGAGGCCAUCAACAAAGAACCCGAAAAGUCGCUCUCUGAGAAAUGGGCUGAACUCCCCGAGAGCACUAGAAUCGGCGUCUACGCAGCAGCCGGUGCCGUAGGAGGUCUGCUCUUCAUUGCGCUCGCCAUCUACUACAUUAAGCAGCGACGUCGCGGUCAAAAAGAGGCUGCAUUAGCCGCCAAGCUACAUGAAGAGGAGCGACUUGAGCUUGAGCGAUUCAAGAAGGGCGGCAGAAACCCCGAUGAUCUCGAUUUCGAUGGCACGGAAUAUGUAGGAGCUGCUGGAAAGGGAGGCUUAAUGAGCUCCAAGUACUCGGCUAUCACUGACUCACCACCGGGAAGCUCGGCUGGACUUCCUGAAAAAGCCUGGGACCCUAUGGGAUCUGAGGGCGUUAACUCCGGCAUGCCUCUUCUUAACAGGGAAGUGAACGGCCCCUCGCGCCAGAAUAGCCUCGCGUCUCCUAUUCACGCCCAUAGCCCCGGUUUUCCGCCUUCGUCUCCUGUCAAUCGAAGUUUCUCAGCCUCUCCUUAUGCGCCUUCAAGGUCGGGGUCUACCGGUCCUCAAGUCGGCGGUUACACCGACCGGGUGAACAGUCCAGGCCCAAAUUCGCCUCAUAUGCGAAGCCCUGGGUCACCAUCACCUCAUGACAUGUACGGAAUGUCGAGGGUAAAUACCAAUAGUCCUGGACCCAUGCAGUCACCCCGAGGGCCGGGCUCGCCAGGUCCUCAGGGUGGCUACUGGAACAACGGUGGUCACAGGUAACACAUUCUUUAGGGCAUUGGUGACAAGGCCAUCUGGCUACGAUUCCUUGCGCCAAGACGUUUUUUCCUCGGUUGAGCUCGCGUUAUUGAUGGCGUUGGUUGAAUUUAUGCACAUAGAAAUCUUUUAGUACUGGGCGAGUUGAAAGUGUGCCCAACGGUUCUCGUAUCUUGUUUUCAUUACCUUAUUGUCUUUGUACGAUUGUUUUGCAUAUAGUCCUUCCCUGCUUCAUGGUAGGCCAUUGUUGGCUGAUGAGAAAAUCAGCCGGGGAACCUGAUCCAUGGUUUCCAGCUACACAAUGCAAGAUACCCACCCUUUAUACUGCGAAAUCUUAAUGAUUUAUUCGACUGUUGCUCGUUCCAUAUCCCAGUACCAUGCUACGUGUUUCUGUGU